AUGUAUUCUCUCCCAACAUUGGCGCUCGCCUUGAGCGCCGCCUCCUUCGCCGCCGCUGGACCGGCCAAUAUCGAGGCUCGUGCAACGAAGAGCUCAAGCGGCAGUGCAUCAGGAACAGGCUCAACAUCAUUGCCAACAGUCACCACAAAGGGCAACGCAUUCUUCGCAGGCGAUGACCGAUUCUACAUUCGAGGUGUCGACUAUCAGCCCGGAGGCUCCUCAGAUGUGACCGACCCUCUUGCAGACUAUAGCACCUGUUCACGCGAUAUCCCAUACUCCAAGAAGCUCGGUCUGAACACUAUCCGUGUCUACACCGUCGACAACAGUGCCGACCACGAUCAAUGCAUGAACGCACUCGCUGAAGCGGGAAUCUAUCUUGCCUUAGAUGUGAACACACCAAAGUACUCCCUGAACCGUGGCUCUCUCGGCGUGUCCUACAACCCAACCUACCUCCAGUCCAUCUUCGCCACAGUCGACGCCUUCGCCGGAUACACCAACACCCUGCUCUUCUUUAGCGGCAACGAAGUCAUCAACGACUCGAACUCCACUUCCGCCGCUCCCUACGUUAAAGCCGUCACCCGCGACAUGAAGCAAAACAUCAGCGAGCGUGGCUACCGCUCCAUCCCAGUCGGUUACUCCGCUGCCGACGUUUCCCAGAACCAAUACCUCAUGGCGCAAUACAUGGACUGCGGCGACACACCUUCCAUCUUCGACUUCUACGCCAUCAACAACUACGAAUGGUGCGACCCCUCGUCGUACACGACCUCUGGGUGGUCCGCUCUCGUAGAACAAUACAGCAACUACAGUCUCCCCCUAUUCAUCUCCGAAUACGGCUGCAUCACCAACACCCGCACCUUCGCCGAAACCGCCGAGCUCUACAAGUCAGAAAUGACCAAAGUCUUCUCAGGAGGUUUAGUAUACGAAUACUCCGCGGAAGGCAACGGCUACGGCAUCGUCACCAUCUCCGGCAAUACCGUAACUUCCGUCGACUCUCAAUUCGACGAUCUCAAAUCUGCCCUCGCCAACGCCACAGAUCCCACUGAUGGAGGUGGCUACUUCACCGAUGGCAAGGUCCAGGAUUGUCCGGAUCAGAGUGACAAUUGGGAUACGAGCGCUUUCACUGAUAGUGCGUUGCCGGCUAUGCCGACUGGGGCGGAGAAGUACAUGAAGAGCGGUGCUGGGGAUGGACCGGGUCUCACGGGUGAUGGAUCACAGAACGCGGGAGGUGGGAGCUCGGCGACUGCGAGUGCGGGUGCUGGAGCGGUCAGUACGACGUAUGGGAGUGGCGCUGCGGGUGCGACGGGGUCGACUGCGAGUAGUGCUGCUGGAGCUGUGCAAAUUGGUCGGACUGAUCUGGCGCCGUUGGUGUGUGGAGCGGUGGUGUUUGUUAGUAUUCUCCUGGGCGCUGCUAUGUUGUAG